CGAGUUACUUAUUCUUUUUCAGACACGAAGAAAUCGACGAGUGCUUCUUUCCGGCGAGUCGCGCUCCCGAGGAUCGCCCACGGCGAUUUUGCGCGGAGCGGACCUUUAUUUCUUUUUUUUGCAUAAUUUCGCUAUUAUGCCACGUCGCGGCGACAUUCGACGAUUGCCGGUGUUCGGUUUCGCUGAUAGAACGUUUUCCAGCGACGGCGAGCGAUGGCGAGGCCUCAUCGUCUAGCGACGGAUUUCAUUUCGCGAAAGGAUCAAGGAUGUCGAAGCGGCUGAGCUUCUACGGUCUGGUAGCCCUGGCGUCCGUCUGCAUCUUCUUCCUAGCGUUUAACCAGCGCUACAGCAGCUACCUCGAGCACCGGCUGCAGCCGGUGAUAUCGGAUAUUGAGAUAAGGCCGCGGACCACCAAAAUCCAAGAGCCGGUAACGGUGAGCCAGGCGUAUAUCACAGGAUCCGCGUACAAUGGCACGAUCACCGAAAUUCAGGAGGUGGUUGACCAACAAAGGAGGACGAUCGCAAGAGAGAUGGAAAAUUAUGAGUAUCCAAACGGAAGAUAUGGGAUAAAUGUGAGCAAACUUGAAGAUUUAGUGAUGGAGAAGGGCGGUAGACCCAUGAGAAGCGUAAUUCUGACGAGCUGGAGAAGCGGCAGCACGUUUCUCGGCGACGUAGUGAACGCGCAUCCAGCCAAUUUUUAUCAUUACGAACCGCUGCUUGACUAUGGAAUUGUGCAAAUCCGAGAGCCGCCGCUCGCUGAAGAAUCCUUGACAAGGAUAGUCUCUCUGUUGAAUUGCGAAUACAAGGAGCUCGAUCGGUACCUGGAUUAUGGGAAAACUCAUCCUUGGGUAUUUAAUCACAACACGCAUUUAUGGCGGCAAUGCCAAGCACAUAAACGCAUCUGUUGGGAUCCGCGUUUCGUUUCUAAAUUUUGCCGACUAUUUCCGUUCCAAUCGAUGAAGCUCGUACGAUUGAGGUUGCGAAUAGCGGAAAGUCUUCUGGCCGAAGAAGCUUUGGGUGUGCGACUAGUUCUUCUCAUUCGUGAUCCGAGAGGUAUUCUGCAAUCCAGAAAACACAGGGAAUGGUGUCCUACUAAGCCCGAUUGCUCCGAUCCGGCUCUGGUUUGCGCAGACAUGGUAUCGGAUUUUAGCGCGGCGGUAGAACUGUCAAAAAAAUAUCCACGUUCUUUUAGAGUGGUACGCUACGAGGACCUGUCCGUGGAUCCCUACAAGCACGUGAAGGAGCUUUACAAUUUUUACGGUUUGAACUUUCACGUGAACGUGAAGAGAUUCCUGGACACGCAUACGAAGACCGACGUAGGCGGGGUGUCGAGCACCUUCCGGAAUUCCAAGGUCGCACCAUUUCACUGGCGGGCUGAUUUAGACUUCGAAGAGGUUCGUGAAAUACAGAAGGUAUGCGCGACCGCCAUGCGAUUGUGGGGAUAUGUGAUGGCCUUAAAUUCCACACACCAAAAAGACUUCGAUCCUAUCACAAAUUACCGGCUCCAGUUGUGACAACUGGCAGGCGACAUGCUCAAUGUAGAUAAUAUGAUGUAUAGUAUAUCAGUAUAGCGAACGGCAGCGGUCGAAAGUGCCGUAGUUCAUAUAAAUAUUCAGCGAAAGGUGCUAGCGGUCACUCAGGAAGAUAGCCACGUAAUGAGAAUUAAUGUUGAUUUAUUCGAAAGGGAAAACUUACGGAAUGCCGAUUUUUUAGCUUUGUGAAACCGAUAAGAAGGCUACUUCUUUAAAUGGCGACAUACUCGAAAACGAGAUUCGUUCGUAAUUUUUCUAUCGUAUAACUAACACGAUCUAAAUCACAGGGUGUUAAAGUAAAUUCCUGAGAGCUUGACGUGCGACACAAAUUAUGUCUAACCAUAUCGACGCAAACGUUGCAAGUGCAUUCAAAACGUUUCUAAAUAUUGAAUCUUUCAAGAGAGAGGAAGGGUAUUUUGUGUCUAAUGUAUAAACUAUAUUCAUUAAUAUUAAUUGUAAUUAUAGAUAACUUGUAAAGAGAUUUGUAAUGAUCAUUGAAUCAUUAUAUUGUCUUUUUACAUCUUUAAGAAAUAAUCCACAUAUGUAAGAAACUGAAAUUUUUAUAUCGAUUACGGAACACAAAGUAUAUACCCCCUCCCUUCUUGGAUUCAUACUAAUUCAUCGCUAAAAGCAAGAGACGACCAAAUUUAAUUUUUUAUCUUAUUGAUCAAUGACAUGUUAUUACUAUAUUACGAAAUAUAUUCAAUAUGAAACAAAGAAUAUUUAUCUAAUAAGAAUUGUAUCGUGUCCAAUGACAGAAAAGAUCUUAACCAUCGAUCGAUGGUGAACGAAAACUGAAUCUCAUGUAAUGUUAGGAUCGUGUUUUGCAAUAUCAUGAAUCAGCGGCGGUGUUGAAAAUUUAUUUCUGCGCCGUCUGACGGAAAAUUUCUACCGAUAUUCAAUGUGAUUCACGAAAAGGAGAAGUACGCAAUAUCAAUUAGCUCGUUCGUGUCACGGAACACUCGAUCUUAUCUCUUGCUCAUCGCAACGUUCCGAGGAAACAGCCGGGCGGCGUAUGUCAAGGACAAGAGUGAGUUUCCACUCCACCGGCCUUCGAUGCGGCCAACGACGAAUUAUUACGAGUAUAUAGACGCGACCAACUUGCCCGCAAACGCGUGUGAUUUUUAUAAUGUACGACAUGGUCGUAAUAGCACUGCACACUUUAGAUAAAAGAUAGAAAUAUUACUGUGAGCUGUUUGUUGGCGAUUUAGAAUAAGAAUACUUUUUUAAAUCUUUACACGCUACAUAUAUUGAUUAUCCUGGACAGCCUGGCCGGUUCGCUGGCACAUUCUCCGUUAUGUAUUAUAGUGUAAUUACGUUAUAUCUUAUGUACUCGCGUCCUUGUGUUAUGCACCGAGCGCCAGAUUAUUAUCAGCUCUCUGUGUGAUCGAUUAAACCUUCUCACGCGUUCACUUAAAGUAGAAUCGAUUUCAAUAAGCGUAUAUUAUGUUAUUAUACAUAAUAGAGUUCGGAUAUUAUGAAACGAGAUAUUAUGAUCCUACCACCUCCCCUUUGUUUUAUUGGAGGACAGUCUUAACUCUCCAAAGUUCGAGCCCUAAUUAUUAUUUACGUUGUUCCAUUAUCACCCUGCAUGAAACAAAGAUUAACGAAAUGAAUGUGAUGUUUCUCGUACGCACGGAUGAGAUCUGACUAUAGCGUUUCGCACAAGUUGACGAGCCACUGACGCGGACGCUAAUGCAAAUUCGCAAUAACACCUUCGUGCAAUCUCACGCCGUUAUUAUGUACUAUUUCUCGCGGAAUGGGUAUCUAGUCCAAGAGGAACGCGUAUUACUUCGCAUUUUGUACUUUAGAUGUAAAGGUUCUCCAAUAAAAGAAUCACAUUUCUAUGGAA